AUGAAGGCAAAGAAGUCCUACAAGCAUGUCGUGCACAAGAAGGGCUUUGGGGGUAGUAAUGAUGAGUUGAUGAUGAAUCCGGUUAAACUGGGGGAUGUCGUUGAGACUGCACAUCCAAAUGCUGAAUAAAAUCCUCUCCUGUUGCAGGUACAAAGUUUGAAAGUUCAGCUUUGUGUUGAAAUCAAUAAACUAUCAGGGUAGAUCAGACAGGCCUUCAAGCUGCAUGCCUACCAGGAUGUCAUCAUCAACAUUGUGGAUCCUAGGGAUGUGACUCUGGAUCUGGUGGAGCUCACCUUCAAAGAUCAGUACAUUGGACAAGAAGACAUGUGGAGACUGAAGAAGUGUUUAGUAAGCACAUGUGCAUAUGUCACAUAAAAAGUAGAGUGAGCAGGCAUCAGGGCCCAGGCCAGUGAAUUGUGCGUUAAAGGAGAGCAGGUCACUUGUGGCUACAUUAGUGAAGAUACAAUGUUGGUGUUUCGGUCCACAUGAUGUGAGAUGUGGGACUUUGAUAUUACAGGUGAUCUUUACAUUGAGAAAGCUGUCAAUGGUUUCCUUUCUGAUCUGUUUGCCAAAUGGUAAGAGAAAAACUGCAGCAAUGAGGUCACAGUAGUGUUGUUUUCUCGUACCUUUUACACCACCAAAUCACUGAGUGACUUCACGUUUCUUCCAGUGGGUGGAGCCAGGCGAGUGGCGGACGGUGAGAGUCACUGGGAUGUGUAUGGGAAGAGAAUGGCAGUGAGGCGGGAUGGCCUCUCUGGCAGUGCGGACUGGUCUCUUUUGGAUGGAUUUAUCCGCUUCUUGGAAGGCCUGAACAGGAUUCGUUGCCUGCAUCGAUCUGAUUGAAUUAUUUGUAAAGGACCUACCAUAAAAUGAUUGCAUGUGUCAGGAACCCUCUCAUCUUACACUCCAGAGCCUAUAGUGCCCCAAGUGGGGGAAAAAGGCAACUCUGCCCUCACUGCACUCCUGGAGCUCGACCAGACUCAGAAGACUGUAGAAGAGCAGCAGCUUGCUGCCCAGCAGGCCGGGAAAGCAUGUGGCCCUUACAGUGAAGCUGCCAACGUUACCCUGGCAACCACCUAUGUCGAUAGCCCUCUUAAGCUGCCAGCUGAACUGUCUCCAGCCAAUACCAUUGAAGGUGGGUUGACGGACAAAGGAGGCAACUGCUCUCUGUUCAGAGAUGAAGUGCAUUCAGGCUCCAUUUCAUAGAGGCUCUCCUCAUCAUCCACACCGAUGGAGAUCCUGGAAGCCAUUAAGCAUCCCAUCACUGGAGUGCAGCUUCUACCAGAGCAGAGGGGCCUGACACCCAACUGCUUUGUCAGUGCUGAGGUCGUACACUGGCUUGUCAGCACUGAGGAGAAUGUGGCCAGACAAGGCAUUGCUGUAAUAAUCAUGCAGAAGAUGCUGCAUGAAGGUCUAAUCACUCAUGCCUCUGGUGAUGCCAUGCAGACGUUUGUCUAUGGGUUCUACCCUUACCGGAUUGUCGAAAAAGACAGUGUGAAGGGUCUAUCUACUCUGCCCCCAGCUGGAGCCAAUGUGUGGUCUGUAGCAGCUUUGGAGGACUUCACCCUUUUCCAAAUGAAGUGGUUUGAGGUGGCCUUUGUUCUGGAGGAACGUUGGCCCUGUGACUUACCUGCCUUCCUGCUGCCUCAAGCAAGCAGGCAUAGCUCCUUCAGCCGCAGCUUCGGAAGACACAGCCGGCUCUGCAUUAUAGCAGCAUGCCACACAUCCUCCCUAAUAGCUGCCACAGUUCCAGAGCAGAAAACAGUCACCUUGGACGUUGAUGUAAACAAUUGCAGUGAUCGGACGGAAUGGUGCAGUUGCUAUUUCCAUGGCAGCUUCUCCCUCAAUGCUGCCUUUGACAUUAAGCAGCAGUGGAAGGCUGUCAUUGCAGCCGUACUCUUUGAAAUGGUGCAAGGCUGGCAAAGGAAGGCAGCAUCUUGUGGCUUCCUGUUGGUACCUGUGUUGGAGGUGGCCUUCACUCUGCCAUCAUACCUGUAUGGUGACCCUCUGCAUGCCCAGUUGUUUAUACCUCUCAACAUCCAGUGCCUGCUAAAGGAGGGCAGUGAUAACAUCUUCGAGGGUUUUUAAACAGAGUCAUAAUGGAACAGAAUGCAGCUGUUUCAGGUGGCCAUACUCUAUAGAUUUGGCUUCAUUCAAGACAAACUCUCAGCAUCGGCUUAAUCAGAAAACAAACCUCAGUAUAUCCAUUUAACAGGUACCGUUUUUCUUCAGCUGCUUUACUCAAAAAGGAAAUACUCAAGUGGACAGCGACGGCGCCGUAACUCCACCACCUCAGCCAAUAAGAGCUUGUGUGGCUCUGAGGAGUGGGUGGGUUAAAAUUGGGCCUACAACACCAUGCUGGCUAAAGCCUGGAGGACCGGCAUGCAGGACGAGAAACUGGCCAACCACCUACUGCAAGAUUUUACAGACUUUUGUACCGACAAGGAUAAUCGACUGGUGACCUUCUGGAAAAGUUGUGUGGAGAAAAUUAACGCCAGUGCCCCUUGAGAAAAGACAUUGGAGGAAGUAGAUACUAUUUCAAAGAAGAGCUAAUGUACUGCUGCUGCCAUCUAAUCAGUAAGAUAAAUAAAGGAAACAGCCUCAUCAUCAAACACUCAAAUGGAUGAGUCACAUGUUUACAGAGUGUCA